AUGUCCCAAACCACCGGCGCCAGAGAAGAGCUGUCGCGCGAACGGCCGGACGAGGAACUGGUGCCGCCGCAAGAAGCACCGCCGCCCGAGAAGGAGACCGCGAGCGCUCCCAACACGGCCAAAGGCCGUGAGAUUCGCGGCCUGCGCUGGCUCGUCAUCUGCGCCUCCAUCUACAUCACCUGCUUCCUCUACGGCCUCGACACCACCAUCGCGGCCGACGUCCAGGGCCCCAUCAUCGCCGCCUUUGGCCAUGUCGACCAGUUCUCGUGGAUCGGCGCCGGCUUCCCGCUCGGCUCCGUGUGCGUCAUCCUGCUUCUUGGCACGCUCUACAACACGUUCGACAUGAAAUGGGUCUACGUCGCCGCGGUGCUGCUCUUCGAAGUCGGCUCGGCGCUCUGCGGCGCGGCCCCGGACAUGAAUGCCCUCAUCGUCGGCAGGGUCAUUGCCGGGGCGGGCGGUAGCGGCAUCUACCUGGGGUCCCUGCAGUACUUUGCCGUCGUCACCGAGGACAAGGAGCGCGGGCUCUACAUGUCGCUCAUUGCCGUCUUUUGGGGCGUUGGCUGUGUGCUCGGCCCGCUGAUCGGAGGUGCCUUUGCUACAUCGGCGGCAACAUGGCGCUGGGCCUUUUACAUCAACCUCGUCAUCGGCGCCGUCUCCGCCCCGGCCUUCUUGCUCUAUCUACCGUCCAUCUGCCUGAUGCAAGGCGUCAGUCUGCGUCGUCGUCUCGCCUCCAUAGACUUUCUUGGCUUUAUCCUCGGGUCUGGCGUCUGGGUCAGCUUCCUGCUCGUCUUCACCAUGGCCGGCGCCCAGUGGCCGUGGAAGGACGGCCGCACUAUUGCCACGUUUGUGGUAUUUGGCAUAGUUUUAAUUGCCUACGUACUACAGCAGUACUUUGCCAUCCUUACUACACCCAGUCAGCGUGCGUUCCCGGGUCAUCUGCUUCGAGACCGUACCCAAGUACUGCUCUAUGUAGUAACAGCUGCCGGCACCACUACGCUAUUUGUUCUCGUUUACUACCUGCCGAUUUACUUCCAGUUUGUCAACGACGACGGGCCCUUGAUGGCCGCCGUACGCCUCCUGCCUUUUGUGGUUAUCGCUGUGGCUGUCAACCUGGCGUCGGGAUCACUGCUACAUAUGAUCAAGCGCUACAAUGCCAUCUUCUUCAUCGCCAGCGUGUUCUUGCUGGCGGGUGGCGGUCCUCUUGUUACCUACCUGAAGCCCAGCACUACCACCGGCACCAUCUACGGGCUGUCAAUCCUCGUCGCCGUCGGCAGUGGUUUGUCUAUGGUGACGGGCUACACGGUGUCAACCCUCACUACUAAGCCGGAGGAUACCGGUGCUGGACUUAAAAUGCAGAACGUGGCCCAAAUCGGCGGGCAGGUUAUCGCUCUCGCCGUCGCUGGACAAAUUUACCGAUCACGCGCCUUGGCCAAUCUUCAGUCGACGCUGGCUGGCCAUAGCUACUCGGAGGCCGAUAUCGCGGGCCUUGUAGCUGGCACACAGAGCAAGCUAUUCGAGACGCUACCGACCGAGCUACGGCUUAGGGCUGUCGAUGCUAUCGCUCAGGCCAUGCAGAUGACUUUUGUUCUGGUUCCUACUGCUGGUGCGAUUAUGCUGAUUACGUCGCUAUGUAUGAAGCGGGAGAAGUUGUUUGGCGGCGGCAUGGUUGCUGUCGGUGGUUAA